AUGCCUGGAACCACUGUUGUUUUAACUAACGAUCCUCCAAGUGUAUAUAUCAUUCAUCCUUCUGAGAAUCCUACAUAUUCAUUAGUAACUGAGAAAUUCAAUGGUGAAUGCUAUAAUGAAUGGAAGAGAAGUAUGACAAUAGCAUUGUCAGCAAAGAAAAAGCUAUGUUUUGUUGAUGGUAGUCUUUCUAGACCAAAUUCUGGACCUGAAAUGCAAGCUUGGGAUAGAUGCAAUGCUAUGAUUACUAGCUACAUUUUACACUCAGUAGAUAAUACUAUAGCAAGAAGUGUGCUGUAUUUUACUUCUGCAAGAGAAAUCUGGAAAGAUUUGGAAGACAGAUAUUCUCAAAGUUCUGGUCCACAAUUGUAUAAUCUACAACAGUCAUUGAAUGAUCUUUCUCAAGGAUCCACUCCUAUAGCAAAAUUCUUCACAAAAAUCAAAGCAGUUUGGGAUGAAAUCACUGGUGUUAAUCCUGUUCCAAUAUGCACUUAUAUUGGUUGUACUGGUGGUAUUACUCAGAAGAUACUCAAGCAACAACAGGAAGAGAGGUUGAUUCAAUUGUUGAUGAAGCUUGAUGGCAAGUAUGCUAGUGUGAGAACCAAUAUUCUGAUGAUGCAGCCAUUACCAAACGUGUCUCUAGCUUACAGAUUCUUGAUGCAGGAAGAAAAACAAAGACAAGUGAGCAUGGUUGACAUUGGAAAUGUCAACUCAAUGGCAUUUUACAGCAACUGA